GGUUAUUCAGUUGCCUUGGAGAUGAUCCUGCUGCUGUAAAUGUAGGGCCGAAGAUUAAUGGUGUGGGCAGUAUGGACCUAAUGAACGGACAGUCAAGCAGUGUUAAUAUUGCAGCUACGGCUUCAGAGAAGAGUAGCAGCUCUGAAUCCUUGAGUGACAAAGGCUCAGCUGAACUGAAGAAGAGCUUUGAUGCAGUGGUAUUCGAUGUUCUGAAGGUUACACCAGAAGAAUAUGCGGGUCAGAUAACACUAAUGGAUGUCCCUGUAUUUAAAGCAAUUCAGCCAGAGGAGCUGGCAAGCUGUGGCUGGAAUAAAAAAGAGAAAUACAGUUCUGCACCAAAUGCUGUUGCUUUCACCAGAAGAUUCAAUCAUGUAAGCUUCUGGGUUGUUAGAGAGAUUCUACAUGCACAGACUUUAAAAAUAAGAGCUGAGGUUUUGAGCCACUAUAUUAAAACUGCAAAGAAACUGUAUGAGCUGAAUAAUCUGCAUGCUCUCAUGGCAGUUGUGUCAGGUCUACAGAGUGCUCCAAUCUUCAGGCUGACUAAAACGUGGGCGUUACUGAGUCGGAAGGAUAAAGCCACCUUUGAAAAGCUGGAGUAUGUUAUGAGUAAAGAAGAUAAUUACAAAAGGCUUAGAGACUAUAUCAGCAGCCUGAAGAUGACUCCUUGUAUUCCUUAUUUAGGUAUUUAUCUGUCAGACUUGACGUAUAUUGACUCUGCGUACCCAUCAACAGGGAGCAUUCUGGAAAGUGAGCAAAGAACAAAUUUAAUGAACAACAUUCUUCGAAUUAUCUCAGAUUUACAGCAGUCAUGUGAAUAUGAUAUUCCUCUGUUGCCUCAUGUCCAAAAGUAUCUAAACUCAGUUCAGUACAUAGAAGAACUGCAGAAGUUUGUAGAAGAUGACAAUUACAAACUUUCAUUAAAGAUAGAACCAGGGACCAGCACCCCCCACUCUGCUGCUUCCAGAGAAGAUUUAGUAGGCUCUGAAGUCGGAGCAUCUCCACAAAGUGGACGGAAAAAUGUUGCAGCUGAAGGAGCCUUGCUACCAGCAACACCCCCCUCGCCUAGGAACCUGAUACCACAUGGACAUAGGAAAUGUCACAGUCUGGGAUACAAUUUCAUACACAAAAUGAAUACAGCUGAAUUUAAAAGCGCAACAUUCCCCAACGCAGGACCAAGGCACCUACUGGAUGACAGCGUCAUGGAGCCUCAUGUCCCCUCCCGAGGACAGGCAGAAAGCUCCACCCUUUCUAGUGGAAUUUCAAUAGACACUUUGGAAAAUACUGAGUUUUCCUAG